AUGUCGAUCCCUAUCAUUCGGACUUUGGUAAUUGCAUACUUUUGCCUUCUUCCACACAAGUUCAUUCUCUGCGAAGACUGUAUUUCUGCUGGCGGAUGUGCAGAUUUCACUACGCUGAAAAAGCGACAAAGUGAUGAGUCAUCCUCUCAAAGCUCAUCGCGAAGUAGAUCGGCAAAACGAAAGGAGCGCGAGGCUGACUUGUCAAGUAAGGGGGGCAAGCGAUCAUCUAGUUCUAGGCCUUUACAGGAUCAACUACAAUCAUCUCGAACUGCAACGUCACACAAAAAGCCAAAGAUUCAAAACUUCAUUGAUCGGGUUGGUGUAAGCGAAUCAUCAAGUUCGAUGCAUGCUCAAACACAAAUAUCUUCUCAUGAACGGCCUUCGACGAUGAGUCUUGAUCUUUCGCUCGGUGGUGCUCGAAGUCAUGCUAGUACUUCUGUCCAGAAAGAUGCCAGAAAUUCCGCAUCUCCUCCAGCAAGUUCAAGCUUUGAUGCAACUCAGGAUACCGCACAUCGUGAUACAACACAUAUCAAGCCAUUUUCCAGCGAUGUUUUGCGCGGUGCUCGCGGCGGCAAAAAGCCAGCUGGUUACGACACAAGAGCACAAAAGAUUGCACGAUACACUGAAAAAUACCUGAAAGCGGGUGAAACAAAGAAAGAAGCAGUGCAAAAAGCAAACAAUGAGUAUGCUCAACGAACGCGACGUAAUCGUGAGGAUUGGAAAGCUUGGCGAGAAAUUGUGAGGACGGAUCCAUCUAGAGCCCGUGAAAUGACAACACAGGUACCGAAAAGAAUGGGAAGGUCAGAUUAUAUUCGUCUUCGUACCCAUCAACUAUUAUCUCGCGGAAUGACUGCUGAUAUUAACGAAGCAAUUCGGAUCGCUAGAGAAGAGAAUGAUCAGCAACUUUCUCAUAGACGAAAUUACAGUAAAACGUUUGUUCGCAAAAACAAAAGGCCUUGA